AACAGUGGUGGAAACAUGGACUCCAGUUCUCGUAGUGACAACCUUAGCUCGAACUGCUCUCAUUCCUCCCCGUUAGACAGUGCUAAUAACAAUACGAUGCAGAAUGGGACUGCUAGCCCCUCGGGCGACUCAGAGGAUGCGGAAGAUUUGGAAAGUGUCGAUGUUGGUGGGGUGAACAGGACCUCAGUGAGUGGUGCGAUCCCCGUCGGUAGUGUUGGUAAUAUUACUGUCACAUCAGCUGACACGGACAACAAUGCGAACUCGGGUGUUACCGUCCAGAAUGACGCCGACGUGGACAAAGAACUCGAAGAACUUGCCAAACUCAGAUGCCAAAGUGUAGCCACGGAGGUGGUAGCGGCGAGAUACAAGCGCCGAUGCUCAGACUACCCAGGGUUCGCCUUCGGGUCUUCCAUUUUCAGCUCCAAUACCAUGAUGAAGUUUAGCAUUAUCAAGAAUGAACUGCACAACAUCAUGAAUGUGCAGUUGAAAAGGGCUGAGGGUGAGGUGGCUGCUCUUAACCGCCGCAUCCAGCUGCUGGAGGAAGACCUGGAGCGCUCUGAGGAGCGCCUCAACACUGCCACCACCAAAUUGGCGGAGGCUUCACAGGCCGCCGACGAGUCAGAGCGUAUGCGCAAGGUGUUGGAGAACCGUUCCCUGUCCGACGAGGAGCGCAUGGACGCCCUCGAGAACCAGCUCAAAGAGGCCCGCUUCUUGGCUGAGGAAGCAGACAGGAAAUACGACGAGGUUGCCCGUAAGCUGGCCAUGGUUGAGGCCGACCUUGAGCGUGCCGAGGAGCGUGCAGAGACUGGUGAAUCUAAGAUCGUCGAGCUUGAGGAGGAACUGCGUGUCGUUGGCAACAACUUGAAGUCUCUUGAGGUGUCCGAAGAGAAGGCCAACCAGCGUGAAGAGGCUUACAAGGAGCAGAUCAAGACCCUUGCCAACAAGCUGAAGGCGGCCGAGGCUCGUGCUGAGUUCGCAGAGAGGUCUGUGCAGAAGCUCCAGAAGGAGGUCGACAGGCUUGAAGACGAUCUAGUUGCCGAGAAAGAUAAGAGUAGGAUGCUCCAGGCUGACAUGGAGGCCACUCUACAGGACAUCCAGAAUAUGUAAACAUUACCAGAGGACCCGCUGGAGGAAGCAGAAAGUCACAGACGAACUUGUCAUUCAGAAGGAGAGGUACAAGUCCAUUACCGACGAACUGGAUCAGACGUUCACCGAAAUGUCUGGCUAUUGAGCUGUCCACCCUGAUGAAUCUACUAAACUACUACUACUAGUCCAUAACAACUUCUCUGCUCUUACCCGCCACCGCAACCACCAUGACCACUACCACCAUGAUCGUUGCUCUGCUACCUGUCAUCUAUUUGUUACCCCCCCUACUACUGCUAGUCACUAGUCGGUGAGGGCGUGGUUGCCUUACUUGUGCUAUUUCCCUAACUAUAUAUAUACUGUGUAUAUAUGUAUAUAAAUAUAUAUAUAUAAUGUAUAUAUAUAUAGUCCACCCCCACACCUCCAAUUCUACUUCUGCUGGAGGUCCUUAAGAAACCAUGGUGCAGCCAGACCGACACCAUGAAUACCAAUGUAGGUAAAGAAAACAUGCCUUCUUCCUACUUGGGUGUUCUUGCUGCUGGCUCUGGCUAACUGCCUGCAUCAGUAGAAGUGGCAGAAGCGGUGCAAAGUGGCUAAGCCUCACCACUGCCCAAGCCUCGCUGCCCCUUCAGUUCCAUGGGGGCCUGGCUGCCUCCUGUAAUAAUACUGCCAACUACCGGUCUUCUCUUUUAAUAACUUAAUAGUAGCGCAUUGUUGUAACAGCUCACCCCGAUUUUGUAAUGCUGUUCAAAAAGUAGGCUUUCACCUAUGUGGAUAUAACAUGUACAAUUUUAUACUUACAAAUUCUUUUUAUUUGAUUCGAUGCUCUUGUAAAUAGGAGAAAGUGAGCAGGUGUUAAUUAUUAUUGGGAGUGUGAACAUGUGGGUGGAAGACGACCCACUAGCCAGCAACUAGCUACUACUAGGGCGCCGCUCACGGUCAUGGAUUCGAUAGUAGUAGUUUGUGUUAACACGCGGCGGCGGCGCUCAACUUCCCUUGUCUCCUCAGUCGCCUUCAGCUUCUGGGAACUAACUCUUUCUUUUGGCCGUGUUAAUUGACCUGUGUUUGUUAAUCUCUACUUUGCAGACGAACUGGUUAACGAAAAGGAGAAG